UUAAAUCACAGGCUUUUAAGAUCACUUUUGAUACUCAUCUUUUAAUGCAUGACAUUUGUUGUUUAAAAAUGCCUUUGUAAUGCUUGUGAUAUUCAAAAUAUAUUAUGUGAGAGCCAGGUACCUGCAUACAAGAUGGUGUGUGCUGUUCUACUUGGCAGUACGGAUAAGAAUGGAAAUAUCUGACCCUGCUUUUUCUUCAGAUUCUGUAACUUAACUUUUGAUCUGUCUUUAAACUUUGUUCCUAGCCCUCAUAUGCAUAAAGAAAGCAAAACCUGGCAUAUGUCCUGUUUGUAUAUGACAGGCCUGGUUCAGCCAGCACUCUUAACCAUUUAAAGUAGGUUUCUUUUUUUCAUUUUACACAGCCCACAGAAACAUCAGUGGGUCACAAAAAGGUGUUUCUGACUUGCAGGUGCCUUUUUCAGACUACGAGACCCAUUGGCUUCUUAUUUAGAAAUAAAUUUUGCAUUCCUGACUCAAUGCCAGGGGCACUCAUGGAGCUGAGCUUCAUCUGCUUUACAGUUAGAUACCUGCAGUUCAGAAUGACAAGCACGAGCUAAUUGGUUUAGGUCUCUUUUUGUAGUCACUGGAGAUAAAUAUAUGGUAAAGGGAGAGAUUUGGGUAACUUCCAAAGUCUGUCUUUAAAUGAGAUGAAUCAUACCUGGAUGAUUCGGUUUGUGCAAAGAAGUUCCAUGGUCACUAGGUCAGGCUUAGGCACCUAACAUUUGGACACCUGAAUGAGCUCAGAUUUUUUUUGGUGAGAAUAACAUGAGGACUCCCACUGCUGUACCUGUAGAGCUUCUGAACUCCUCCGGUUCCUUCUGGCUUCUGUCCUUCUGGCAGCUUUUUGGCUUGCAGCCUGUUCUGUUGUCCUUAGAGCAUUGACUUUCAUGAAAGAGGAAAGAAUCAUAAAGAAAAUGUGGCAAAAAGAAUUAGUGAGAUUAAAAAGAAAAGCUUGGAAAAAGCAAAAGAAGAAGAAAACAUGUCAAAAGAAUUUGCAGCAAUGGAGGAAGCUGCAAUGAAAGCAUAUCAAGAGGAUUUGAAAAGGCUUGGAAUUAAGCCAGAUGAAGUAGGUCCCAGUUCGACACAGAGUAAAACACAAGGUAACACAGUGGAAACUAAAGUAAAGAAAGAGAAGAAAGAGAAGAAGGAAAAGAAAGAAAAGAAAAAAAAGUCAUCUCAAGACACCUCAGUGCCAUCAAAAAGUGAAACGAAGGAGUGGGUGCAAGGGCUUUCUCCUGAAGGCUAUACAUAUUACUACAACACAAAAACUGGAGAAUCACAGUGGGAGAAACCUAAAGGAUUCCAAGGCAACUCUCAAAACUCACAAACGACAGCAGAGUGGGUAGAAGGUGUCACUGAAGAUGGUCAUACCUACUACUAUAACACACAAACAGGAGUAUCCACAUGGGAGAAACCAGCUGGUUUUGUUUCAUCUUCAAAUGAGAAGAAUCAACAUGACAAGGAUUCUGACUCAGACUCAGAAGACAGUGAAAAUGAAGCACAGAGUUCAGAAACAAAUUUCAAGAGGAAAGGAGAUAAUGGUGACGACUCAGAGGAAGGGAAAAAACCUCCCAAAGCUAAAAAGUUAACUCCUUAUGGGAAAUGGCGAGAAGUUAAGCCAGCAGAAACUUCUGAUAAAGAGAGGAGUACGUCAGCUUCCCCAGAAACCUCCAGUGAUGCAUCUAACAAGACCAACACCUUUGGAAAAUGGAGAGCGCUUAAGGAAGCAGAUGCAGAAGAAGAGAAAGAAAAAGAACAAGAACAAGAACAGGAGCAAGAACCAGGUGACGAAGAGGACCUGGAGCUUCCUACUACAGAGAGUGACAGUCUACCGCCUCCAGUGAUAGAGGUUCCAGAAGAUGAGACAGUGAUAUUCAAAGAGAAGACAGUCACCUCCCUUGGAGACCUGACAGAAGGGGUGCCAACAUUUAAAAAGAGGAAAUUUGAAAAUGGAAAAUCUAGAAACUUAAGACAGAGACUAAGUGAUCAGUAAUACUUAACAAAUCAUUUCAGAUUCUGUUUAAGCUAGAGUGAAUCAAGAGUUUAAUAUUUUAAACAGGCUUUUAUAAAGAAAAUGUUGGAUAGAAAUUAAGGAUUUAUAGGUAUUAAAAUGUAAGUUGUAAUGUUUUUUAUUUUAUUUUGACGUGAUUGAGUUUUAGAAUGGAAGUUUGUGUUCUAUUACUUGCACAAUAUUGUAAAUACAGUUAUUUUUCAUUUUAACCAUGCCAUCUAAGUUUUAUUUGCUCUGUGUACGCUGUUUUAAAUAUAUUGUGUAAGGCUUUUUACUCCUUUUCUAAUAUAGGAGAAUGUAGUAAUCCUUAAUCUGGCAAGAAAAAAUGAUGCAGAUGUUUUAUUUUUACAGAGGAACUGGAUCCAUGGCAUGUACCAGAGAGUGAAAUCAUCCCCCCAGAUUGUUUAUCUGGAGUAGCUUCCCAACUAAUGAGUGAAAAUAUUGUGCUCACUAACGUUUGGCUUAUCGCUUGCAGAAGAGUAGGUGGUGAGAGUGCCAACAUUUCAAAUAGAUAAUUUGAAAGCUGUUUUCAGAGGAGUUAGUCACAUCAGUGCCACUCAUUUCAAAUGACGUUCUGAAAGAAAUUAUUUGUGUAGGUGCACGAUAAGUGUACUAAACCUCUGCAGAAGGUUUAAACCUGUUGAAUCUUUUAAUAACGGCAACAAAACCACCCCUGUUGGAGUAGAUAUUUCUGUAGUGUCUUCCUGGUGUAUUUUGCUUUAUUAUCAUCUCUAUUUGGAUUUUUCUUUCUUUUUUACACAUCAAGUCUUUUUUUUUUUUUGGUCUUUCCUUAUUCUCUCUUUCCCUGUAAAAAAAAUCACCUGAUAUUUUAGUGAAAAAAUAUUCCAAAGACCUGGGCCCUGCUACAGCACACAGCACCUUAUUGAGGCCAAUGGGUUUUGGCUGCUGUUAAGAGCACACUGAAUAGUUGCAGAGUUCGCUGAGCUGAGAGGGGCACAGUAUAUCGAAGCAUCAUCAGUCUUCAUACCAGAGGGAGAGGAAAACAGAAGAUGGAUACACAGAACUGAUGACUGUGCUGUCCAGGCUGGCUUGGAUGUUUUCUUGAGGGUUGUAGAUUUGAUUUCUUCAUUUGGUGGGACUGGUCUGCAUUUGGCGUCAUCAAGAUUCGUUGGUUUUGUAAGAAUACAGCUGCGCUUAUCGCUUCUCCAGGUAUCAAACAACAUACCAGAAAAGUUUGAAUCGUGAAUCCAUUAAAAAACAUGGCUCUGUUCCCAAAGCUCACAGUGUUUUGUGCAGGAGAGUCUCAGUCAGGAACAGAGGGUUCAGUUCAGACCGUUGUCAGAGUCCAGCCACAGCAAAAUAGAGCUGGUAACUGCUGAGCUUGAACUUCAUUGAUAAAAUGACUGUUGAUCUGUCAGUCAGUGGAGAAAGGAGUACAAGACAGGGAAUCUGGCUUAUUGUGUGUUACAAAGGAAGCUAAAAUUAUUUUUUUUUCUGUUCUGUGACAUUUUCUGUGUGUGUAGAAGAGAAUUAGGUAUUGUGUUUAAUCCCAUGUGUUUCUUUGGCUUCAUCAAGGUGGUUGUAUUUCUUCUGAUAGAUAGAAAUGUGAAAGUCUCCUGUAAUAUCUAGCCCUAAAUUGUCAUUUUGAGAUGCAGGAUGCAUGCUGGAUACUCUCACAAUCACAGAUGCAGAAGUGUACAUGUGCUCCACAUGAAAGACCUCCAGUGCAAGGCCAGAACAGAAAUCUUUCUAGUGAGGAGAGGUUGCCAGAUUUCCUUUUCAUAAACUUAUUAAGCACUUUGUUAAAAAGCAGAUUUUUCAUGUUUUGUUCCUAUUCUUAUUUCAACAUUACUCCAGCAGCUAGGAGCCAGCUCUAACUUCCAGCCUCUGUGUUUGUGACCAGUUUACACUCAUUUCCUCCCAACUUACUCAAGGAUUGCCCUUCACCUAAGUAGCUUUUCUUCCUCUCGAGUCCAUCACGUCUUUUCUCUUGGGAAUCAAAGCGUCCUUGUGUGACAGGACCUUCAGUGCUCCACCAGCACUUCUCUUCACCCAUUCCAGCCCGAGUUUGCCAGGCUCCUGUGUUCAAGCAAGAUUAAGGCCACGCCUGAUGUCACUAAUGCUUCCUUAGCGUAUUGGAAAUAACUCUUGAUACGUCCCUAAACCACUUUUGCCUUUCACAUGACUGCAUCGUGCUGUCUGCUGUGGCCGCCCUGUGAUUCCCCAGGACAACUGGUUCUUUCUGCUCCUCGGCCAUUGCCGACUGCCGAGUUAACAGUCAUCAUGCUUCCCUUUCAAGCACUUUUUUUUUGCCUUACGAAUUUGUUUUGUACUACUGUACUCAUCCUGCUUGUGUUACUUCAGGCCUGACGUAUAUUCGUCCCUUUACGAUCUCUGUAAAAUGAUUUUAUUGUUUAUUAGUACAGUGUUAUACAGUAGUACAGCUUUUUGCAGGCUCUGCUUUUAACAUCCUCUGAGCACAUCUUUCCCCUUUCAGUUAGGUUCCCAAAUUAUUAGCAUCUUAAAAGUGUCUUGUCACGUUGAAGUGGUCCUAGGCAGUGAUUUAAGAUACCUGUAACUAAAUUGCUCCAGCAGAUGUUUAAAACAUCUGAAAAUAAAAGUGUUCAAAACUUGUUUCUUUGACGAGCUGCUGUUAGUUGUAAUAUGAACCAAAGGUCUUUGUGAAGUACUGUGUUAAAUAGACAAACCAAAACAUUAAGAAAAAAAGAUCGUGUUUUCUUUUUUUCACUGCUAGUAAAAUUAAUUUAAAUAUUAUACACUUGCUUUUGCUGAUGUGAUUUCUAAUGCCUGCAUUUCAUAAGGAAAUACAGCACUUGUCUCUCCACUACCUUUGAAAGUCACUUUGAGAAGUUUAUUCUUUGUCCCCAAGUGUAAUACGGGCCAGUUGAAUCAAAUUGGGUAUAUCCAGAGCCACUGUUUAAUUUUGCACCUCGCUGUCAUUUCAUUUCCUUAUUGUGUAUCUAAACUAAAUAUUUUCUCUUCUAUACAAAAAUACUGUCUUGUGUGAGAUUUAAGGCAGACUCUGCUUUCCCAGGACAUCUGUUCUGCACAGAUCUCUCUCCCCUCUGUGCUGUCUCCCUGCAAAGUCUUCUGCCUUUGGAAUUUGCCAUAGGAAUCCUUUUGGUAUUACCAUUAUUAUGCUUCUUAUCUGCUAACCCUUCCUUGGGCUGCGCUGGCUCUUGACAAAGGAGUGUUCUUUUUUCCUGUUUCAGAAGAACAGCAUUUUCAGAAGAAUAAUGUUUUGUGUUCUGACAAAUCCAUUUUCCAUCAUGCAGCAUGUUUUUAUCUGCUUGGCUGCUUUUAUUGCAAGCUCCUUGAAUGAGGACUGCAUCCUUGAUGUUAUAGACUGUCAUAGAUAUUAUGAGCAAUAUGAGGAGGAGAGUUGGAGAGAAAGGGGGAGUCAUUGCCAUUUCUGAUGGUUUCUUUUGUGUGUUUUUUGAGCAAGUCAAUUCACCCUGUGUUUUUGUUUCCUUGCCUCAUCUUUCACCUGUGGUGUCUGUUUAGAGACAGCUUUGCAGUACAAAAUGCUUCUCUUUGGUGUGUGUGUUUUUACGGUAGAGCCUGCCUGAAGCUGGUGAUGCUUUUAGCCGCAAAGUUAUUGCAUAUACUAAACAAUAAAAUGAUUUUGUUGGGCAUUUGUUAUGCCAGGAUUUGUGCAGAGACCACCUGCUUGAUUUGACCUGGGUUAUAGAAUAAUCCUUGUUCCUACAUAGGCUAAGACAAAUUUUAGCCUUUCACCUGGGAAUUUGUAGACUGAAAUUCAGACUUUCCCAGGAGGGUAAAGGUUGCUUUUUGUUUGACCUUCAUAGAGAGAAUCUGUGCUGCAGCAUCAUCCAGUCACAAUAUUCAGAUACAGGAAGUGGGAGGGCUGGUCAUGACAUAGAUCUGAGUUAAAUUCACUAAUCUAUGCAUGUAUAAAAACAUUUCUCCUUUUUUUUUUCUUUAACCCCUGAAAAAGAUGUUAUUUCAGUGCGUAUUUUGGCAUCUCAGAAAGGGAGUAAAAAACCAUUUCACAGCUUCAUUUCUAUUAUUUGCUUUUCGAGUUGUGCCUCCCCCUUUUAGUACUUUUCUCGUUACUGGUAUCUUCCUCAAGCCGUCUUCCUCCAGUAUUCCUAUAUAUGCAAAUCUACGUAUCACCGCUGUGCCGCCUUUCCCGCGCCCACCGUCUCCCUGCCCCGCCGGGACCCUGGGAGAGCUUCACGCUGUCUGACAGGGGCCACCGUGUCUGCAGAUCCCAGCUUAACACCGACCGCCUCUGCUGCCCGCUUCCAAGCACGACCUCACCUAUUUCAAACACCACACGGGCUAUUUCAAGACUGAACUGCGUGUGCUCCAUUGAAUUUCAUGAUAAUUUUUUUCUCCUGAGACAGAUUUCAUUCCAUUCCGUUCCUCCUCCUUCGAUCCUUUCGCUUGUUGGUACAAAAGUUGUCUUUUCAACCUUCUGCUAGUUGCUGCUGCCAGGCUUCGGGUCUGUUUUGUCAGCCGUAUCUCUCCAGCCUCUCUUGUAUCUACCUCUAAAGUCCUCUCUCCUUCUACCUGCUAAAUUAUUUAACUUAGGAAUUGUGUUAACUAUUUGUGUGAUUAACAAAUUCAGCUUUGUGAAAUGUUUUGGGAUGUAACUUGAAUAGAAGUUUCUGUGCAAAGCAAAAAGUGUUGCAAAUAAGCUGCAAAAAAAGGCUAGACUUGCCUAAGAGGAUUCCCAGAGAAUGUCAGCAAACGCAGAUUUGAUUUUCCAUGUAAAAGCAGAAGUAGCCUAUGUUAAAAACCAGCAGACAGCAUUACAGUGACCAGGGGCUGAAGACAGUGGAUAUUAAUGGCUUGCUUAGCCAAAGAUACAGUGAAGAACAGCAGGGUGAUUGAAAAGCGCUUGUUUUAGUUUAUAAGUAUUGUCUGCAAAGUUAAACAGCUGGUUUCUCAUUAACAGCUUCUGAGUUGCAAUUACAAAAUAUUGGAAGCUCUUGGAGUUUAUAUGAGAAUACAAAAUAAAGCUUUCAUUUGAACAAUCUCUA